AUGGCGGAAGUACCGCCAGAAUUGUUAGUCCAGUUGUUGAAAUCUAUGGUCGAGGGUGGCGGCCAAACUCGGAGCUCCAUAAAACAACAUCAAGGCAAUUUCUACUCGUCUUCCAGUGCGCUUACAGUAGUACCCCAAUGCUAACUGCACUUCAUAGCCGCAGGCAAUGUGCACGACACGGAACCCGAUGCGAUCUUCGACACCCUCAAGCCACGAAUUGAACUUCUUAUGGAUGCGAUGUUACAAAAGCAAGCCAAUGAUACAAGUCAGCCAACACCAGGCUAAUAUUUCAUAUGCUUACCGGAUUUUGUUGCUGACACUUAACAGAAGCGGAAUUCAGGGAUCAGUUUCAGGUAAUUUUCAGUGCUUUCAAAAUUGAGAUUCUCGAUGCGGUUCGAGAAGAAGUGGUCAAUGGCACCAGAAAUGCACUUGGAGCCGCUUUCAAAGCCGACAUCAUCGCCUCUAUCAAGUCCGAGAUUCUUUCUGCUGUAAAAGCGGAACUCAGAACCAAUUCCAUAUAUCCAACCCCACCAGCGAUAUCAGAGUCUUCGAAGAGUCGUCGUAAGUUACAAGACUACAACACCAUCUUUCUUUCUCCGCAGCUAAUAAGUUCUUACAGAAGCAGGGUUCUCAGAGGACUUCGCAGAACCAACAAUGACCGCAAACCAGAAUAAAAGGCAGCGCAACCCAUCCGAAGUAAAUACUGAACCACGAACACCUCAACGCCGACGAAUCCUCAAAACCAGUCGCACCAGUUCCGAGGCAUAUCUUGAUAGCAAAGAACAAGUUGCCAUCGUACAACAACAACGUCAAUUCAUCACCCCUCAUCCUCGUCAGAUCCUUCUCCAACAGCCAGCUUCCCUCCCAAAUCCUAAACAACAAACAAACUACGUUUGGGUAGAGGUUUACAUAGGUCAUUACCAGAAACCCAAGUCCUAUUUGGGUUUCGGCGGCCUCCCAAUGUCCAUCCAAAAGGCCAUCCUAGACGCCGACAAAACUACCACGGAAACAUAUUCUCACAGGAAGGAAAGCCUUCGGGCAAACCAAUGUGGAAAAGGAAUCUGUUGGAUGAGUGUACAUAAGAAGUUGGAUGUCUUUUGGGAGCCCGACGGAUAUUCUGAUAACUCCGAGUGCACGAUGUGUAGGGUUCGACGAAGAGAUGGGCAGGAUUCUGCGUGUUUCUAUUUUAAGAAUGAGAGUGUUGUUAUGGUGUGUCGACCACAGAGUGAUUGA